AUGGAGGAUGAUUUUCACAUAAUUAUGGAGGUAAGCAAGUGUCAAGACCUGCAGGUUUGCAGCCUACCCGACAUCCGGGCUCAGAGCCGCCAGGAACGAGGGGGCGUCGCCGUCUCAGCCCCACGCCCCGCCCCGGACCCGCCGGCAGGGAGGAGCUCGAAACCGAAGAGGAAGCGCGGGAUGGAGCUGUGGCGCCUCUGGCUGCUCUGCUGCUGCUGCUGGGGCUCCUGCGCCGCCCUGACCCCGCCGCUCGGCCGCCACCCGGCCGCCGCCUUCCGGGAAAGUCUUAAUAGACAGCGAUACUUGAAUUCUUUGUUUCCUCAUGAAAACUCCACCGCCGUCUAUGGAAUAAACCAGUUUUCAUAUUUGUUUCCUGAAGAGUUUAAAGCUAUUUAUUUAAGAAGCAGCCCUUCCAGGCUUCCCCGAUUUCCAGCGGAAGAGUACACAUCCAUCUCCAACCUGUCUUUGCCGUUAAAAUUUGACUGGAGGGAUAAGCAUGUCGUCACCCAAGUGAGAAACCAGAAGACGUGUGGCGGCUGCUGGGCUUUCAGCGUGGUAGGUGCAGUGGAGUCUGUGUGUGCGAUAAAAGGGCAGCCCUUGGAGGUGCUGAGUGUUCAGCAGGUGAUAGACUGUUCUUACAGCAACUACGGCUGCAACGGAGGAUCCCCGCUCAACGCUUUGUACUGGCUCAAUAAGCUGCAAGUCAAGCUGGUGAGAGAUUCAGAAUACCCAUUUCAAGCCCAGAAUGGCCUCUGCCGUUACUUUUCCGACUCACAUUCUGGAUCUUCAAUCAAAGGUUAUUCUGCAUAUGACUUCAGUGGCCAAGAAGACAAAAUGGCAAAAGCGCUUCUUGCCUUGGGACCUCUGAUAGUGGUGGUGGAUGCCAUGAGCUGGCAAGAUUACCUGGGAGGCAUCAUACAGCAUCACUGCUCCAGCGGAGAAUCAAAUCACGCCGUCCUUGUAACGGGCUUUGAUAAAACAGGAAGUAUCCCAUACUGGAUUGUACGGAACUCCUGGGGAACUUCAUGGGGCAUCGAUGGCUAUGUCCGUGUGAAAAUGGGAGGAAAUAUUUGCGGUAUUGCAGAUUCUGUUUCGGCUGUAUUCGUGUAACAUGUUUGACAGAUUGAGAGUCGAAUACAAAACUGAAGGUUCAUAAUGAGAUCUGACACUUCAUUCUUGGCGUUUCAUCAUUAUGCUUUUGCAACUUCCCUCAAAGCCAGGUUCUAGGACCUGGUCAUGUUGAAACUAAGCUAUGAAAAUUCUCUUAGAGAGAGAUGAACUGCCCAAGCCAGACGGAAGAAGACCAGCACGAUGGCCUGGGAGGACGACUGGGAACAGUUUCCUCCUGGGAGGAAGGUCAGAUUGGGAAGUGUUUUAGGUCUCUUCAUUCUGAAGCAUCUAUUAUCUGGUUUUGUUUGAUUGCUGUUUCUAUUUGUCAUUUGUUUGUCUUUAAUGACAUAUUUCAAAUAGGAUUAAAGAGAGGAUAAACAGGCCUUUUCCUUUAUGGGAUACAGUCACCGGCCUCAGCUGCCCCUGCACACAAGAACAGCCAACCGAGAACUGCGUGUGCCUGUCAUAGAGGUGUUCCCAGCCUGCCAGAGGGAAUUUCAUAAGAGUUGUGUAAUGCCAGUUGCUUUAUCCCCCAAAAUGGUGCUCACCCCUUGACCUGUGCAGAGGUCAUGUAGAAAGAGCCAAAAAGACAAUCACUUUUUAAGACAAACAAUUGAUUGAAACAAAGUAACCCAUAUGGCAACCAUGUAAUGGGAAAACCUCAAGUAGCCUUGCAUGAGAGACAAAUUGUUAUUUGUGAAUUUUCACUAUCAGUAGGAUUUCCAUGCAUUUUUUUUUAAUGUGGACCAUUUUUAAAGUCUUCAUUGAGUUUGUUACAAUAUUGUUUCUGUUUUCUGUUUUGGUUUUUUGACCUCAUAGUAUGCAGAACCGUAGCUCCAGCACCAGGGAUCAAACCUGCAUCCCCUGCUUUGGAAACACCAAGUCUCAACCACAGGACCACCAGGGACGUCCCUCCAGCACUUUUUAUUUCCUCUUUGGUUCUCCCUGGAUUGAGGAGCAGUGGGCCUUCCUAUAUUUUCUCACAUUUUCUCUUACUCUCAACUAUGAAACUUUAAAUCUUCCUCAUAGUCUGGCUUCCCUGGCUAAAGAAGUCUCAUUUUUUACCUUCUAUUUCUAUUUUAUAACCAUUUAUUUGAUGGUUAUUUGAUGGUCAGGACCUCACCUGUCUGCUCCUCUGUCAUGUGCAGGCACCACUCCUUUCAAAGUUCAGUCUCAGUAAUUUGAGACUGUAUUAGCCAAAAUGUGAGCUCCCCAGCCCCUGUUUUUCCAGUUUUCUGCAUGUUUUUCAGACUCCCUUCCUAGCUACUUUUCUGUGCACCCUUUGGGCUUUCAGCUCAUCCCUGGUUCUUGAGGUCAUCUCCUCUUUCGCUUAGUCAGUGUGGCUGUGUAAGAACCUCAGAGUAUAAAAGCUGCUUUCCUGAUUGAUACAAGUACAGUCAUAUCACAGGAGUUAAUACAGCUGCACCAAAUACUACAUGUUUAAGCAUUUCCUCUCUAAGAUUCAUGAUCACUUUCCAAGCUCAAGAGAAGCAAAAUUGUAAAGGUAGCAACAACCACUGAACACAGUUGAGACAUCCACUUUUUUUCUCUCAUGGUUGGCCUUUAUCAGUCUCCUUAUUAGAAAAAGAAAAUCCACAACAGGACACUAUUUCUUUUCCUUACACCAGACAGAAACAAUUUAAAACGAAUAUGUGCUGACUCAGGUUGAGAAAUGCUUCAGAAUGAAAAUUGAUAUUUUAUUUGAUUAAUAUUGUAAAUAUCCAACUGUACCAGAAAGGAAUAUGUCUUGAUUGUCCUAGUUUGUGAUACUAAUUCUUGUAAAAUGUAAAUGAUUUUCUGAUAUUCUUUUACAAAUGAUAUCUUUAAUUACAGAAUGAUGCAUACUUUUCAGCUCUUAUGGAUUUUUAUAAAAUUAAUAAUGAAACAAUCUAUAUUUGACUGACUUAA